ACAGAGUUAGCGGGCUGCUAGUGAAAGUUGUACUCGCACGAAAAUGUUGUUUCCUGACUCUGGCCGAUAAGAAAAACACAGACCACGGACUGACGAAGGAGUUGUGGUGCGAGAGAAGUGUCGUGUACGCGGACCGCGGUGGUGAAUGUGAGCGGCAGUGACAGUGACCGUGGGCGGACAGCAGGGAGAGCUGUGCGGCGAGCAACUGACCAUGAGCGAGCACAGCAAGUGAGCUAACUCUGGGCUGAUAAAGUCGUUUCUACUCACUGACUCAACCCGGAGAAGCAAUGGAGGCUACACAAGAACUCAGCGAUCAGAUGGUGAAGAAAGCAAACACUGACUCUCAUGUUCCAGACCCUUCUGACACCAGGUGUAUGGAAAUGCAGGACCUGACCAGUCCUCAUAACCGUGUGGGAGGUGCAGAUUCUAGCAGCUCCAAACUGGACAAGACCAGCCUGGGCAGUCCAUCCAUCACCACCAAUGGAACUGGAGGUGAAAACAUGACAGUACUAAACACGGCUGAUUGGCUGCUGGGCUGCAGCAGCCCGCCCCCUGCCCCCGGCUCCAAGGACUAUGUAAAAACAGAGCCGAUGAACAGCGACACAGUCACUACAACAGGCGACACAUCUCUGGACACAUACGCCGGCUCAGUCAUCACCAGCAGCGGCUACAGCCCUCGCUCUGCUCAUCAGUACUCUCCUCCUCUGUACCCGUCAAAGCCCUACCCUCAUAUACUCUCCACGCCAGCGGCCCCGCCCAUGCCCACGUACGCGGGCCAGCCUCAGUUCAGCAGCAUGCAGCAGUCCACUGUAUACACGGCAUACUCCCAGUCAGGACAGGCCUACGGACUGUCAGGAUACGAUCUGGGUGUGAUGCUGCCCGGCAUUAAAACCGAGAGCGGCCUGGCUCAGAGUCAGUCCCCGCUCCAGACUGGCCUCAGCUACAGCCCCGGCUUCACCACGCCUCAGCCCGGACAGACCGCCUACUCUCCCUAUCAGAUGCCAGGUUCCAGUUUCACCCCCACGUCAGGCCUCUACGCCUCCAACAACUCAGUGAGCAGCACUGCCAACUACACCGCCACACAGCAGGAUUAUCCCUCGUACGCAACAUUUGGCCAAAACCAGUACGCCCAGUAUUACUCCGCCUCCACUUAUGGGACAUAUAUGACCUCGAAUAGCGUGGACGGCACCGGCUCAGCCGCUGCCUAUCAGCUUCAGGAUCCCGCCCCUGCCAUGACUGGACAGGCAGCUGACCUUCAUCCAGGGGACUUCGACACAGUGCAGAGCCCCUCCACGCCCAUCAAAGAGCUGGACGACCGAGCCUGCCGGAGUGGGGGGUCCAAGUCCCGGGGCAGGGGCCGCAAGAAUAACCCCUCCCCUCCUCCGGACAGUGACCUGGAGCGGGUUUUUGUGUGGGAUCUGGAUGAAACCAUCAUCGUCUUCCACUCUCUGCUCACCGGCUCGUAUGCACAAAAAUAUGGCAAGGACCCCCCCAUGGCGGUGACGCUGGGCCUGAGGAUGGAAGAGAUGAUCUUCAACUUGGCCGACACACAUUUAUUCUUCAAUGAUCUGGAGGAGUGUGAUCAGGUACAUAUCGAUGACGUGUCAUCAGACGACAACGGACAAGACUUAAGUACUUACAGUUUUGCAACUGAUGGCUUCCAUGCAGCUGCGACCAGCGCUAACCUGUGUCUGGCCACGGGGGUCCGAGGCGGGGUCGACUGGAUGAGGAAACUGGCCUUCCGCUACCGACGGGUCAAAGAGUUGUAUAGCACUUACAAAAACAAUGUGGGCGGUCUGCUGGGUCCAGCCAAGAGAGACGCCUGGCUGCAGCUGAGAGCCGAGGUGGAGGCUCUGACCGACUCCUGGCUGACACACGCGCUCAAGUCGCUGUCCAUCAUCAGCUCAAGGAGUAAUUGCGUAAACGUGUUGGUGACCACGACUCAGCUCAUCCCUGCGCUGGCUAAAGUUCUUUUGUAUAGUCUGGGAUCGGUUUUUCCCAUCGAGAACAUUUAUAGUGCAACCAAAAUAGGAAAAGAGAGUUGCUUUGAGCGAAUAAUGCAAAGGUUUGGCAGGAAAGUAGUGUAUGUUGUAGUUGGGGACGGUGUGGAAGAAGAGCAGGCGGCCAAAAAGGUAACUGACCUCUGUCACCUCUCUGACCCCGCCUACUCCGCUCAGUGUGACGCUCUGAUUGGACCCGGCCUGCCUUUUCUUUGCUCUAGAGGUUUUUUGUGAUUGGGUGUGGACUUUGUUCGACUCACUGCCGCUUUUUGUUCUGGUUUUACUGUGAGAUGUUACAGCCAGAGACACCAGCAAGCAACUCUCAGUGGAGCCGCCAUUUUUCUGUCACGUUCUAUAAGCAAAUGUGAACACAAAUUGAGCGCGUAAAAAAAUGCAGACCAAGUCUGGUUAUCGAAUAACUCCCUUGAAACCAAAAGUGUGGCAUUCGUAACUGCAAUAGUGUUUGCAGUUGUUAUGUUUCAUUGGUUAGUUUCAAGUUGAGAUGAGAUAAAGAUAAAGAGACGUGAAGUGACUAUCUUCUUGUCUUUUUAAACGUGUCUUUCCACACUUCAAAUGUGUUUCCAUUUGUUGAGGAAUGUGACAGAACUCUAUCGGCACACUUCUCCAGUUCUGGGUGCGGUUUAAUGGUUUUGGUGCCGAGUUUGUUGAGGGAACAGUUCUGCAUUUAGAUUUCUUCAGUUAAAAUCUUUUACAUUCAGUUGAUAUGGGGAGAAAACAUCCCUGAUUAUACCUAAUAUAUGAUCAUUUUAGAAGGAAAUUUGAUUUUAUUUUCAUUGUUUUAGCUCCUUGCAGUAUAUUACAACAGUACUGCUGUGAAAAAUGCAGAUCUGUUCCUUCAUUGUAUACGGCAUGAACAUGGUUGAGUGCUUUCUGCCAGAAGACAUGUCCACAUGACCAUGUGUUGUUCCUUAUUACCAUUUUUCUGCUUCCUAGACACACUAGCCAGGAAAUGUCAAAUGCAUUUAUUCAUUUAUUUUAUGGUUGUUUAUUUGUGUUACAUAUUAUUAUUAGUAGUAGUAGUAUUAGUAUUACUAUUAUUAUUCGUUUCUAUUUAUUUAUUUGUGUUAUAUUUAGAAUAUUUUUAUGUAAUUAAAAACUCAAAAAAUGUCUGUAUUAAAUGUAAUAAGUUUCUAGGAUCGUAUGAAUGACAUGGUUUUGAUGAAUAUGAUAAAUAAAAGAUAUUUUAAGACUGACUGAUGUAAGAAAAUAAAUAAAGAAAAAAUGUCGUUUGAAAAGUGAAACAGGCUUUAUGAUAAUUUUGAAUGGCAUAACUGCAUAAGUGAAGUCAAGUAAUAGGCUUUAUUUCUGGCAGAUGGCUUCAGGCCAAGCCUCUCUGGGUUUGCAGUGGUCAGUGCUGCUGUGGUGGCUGUCACCUGUUGAGGAUGAUGGCGCAGCACUAAUUCAUUUCAUGACAUCUCCAUAUCCCUC